GUCGAACCCGGGGCCACUUCCUGGACAGAUGACACCACAGCAUGCCCCUCGAUAGAGGCGAGACUUCACAUUUACACCUAGGUAGUAUUUGUUUGGCGGGGCGGUGGGGUGUUGGGAGUCGGGAUGUUUUGCUUGUAUUAUCUUAAAACUUUCUUGCCUGUCUGAGUUUUAUCUCUUUUGUCGGAUGACGACUGAAUGUAUAGUAGAUGACUACAUGGAUGGCCAAUCUUAUCUGAUGACUUGGUAUGUGUAGGUCCUAGGAGUAGAGGAUCCAAAUUUGAGCUGUACACGCAAGGCAGUACGUGGACGAUGAUCCCGUGGAGACCUUCUGCCGCGUCGAUGAAACAUGACAUCCCGUGUGUCGUGUGGGGGGGGAGUGAUCGGCUAAUAUGCUUAUCAGCGCGUGCGUAUAUUAGGUGCAAUCACCAUGCAACGCUCCCCAUCUUAAUAAAACUUCUUGUGUAUUCUUCCAAAAUGUCUUUCCCAACUGCCAGUCCAACAUGCAGCCCUCCUUCUCCUCCUCCGCAACCCAUCGAACCCCCGAUCCUCCUCCAAUCCGAGCGCCACAAGACCUACUAUGAAAGCACCCGACUCGCGCGGCGCCGCUACGAGCACGCCACCCUCCGCGAGGGUCUGCAGCGGGGAUUAUCGCUCUGGAGCAUUCUGGCCAUAUUAUCGGGUGGUGGGCGUGAGGAUGCCCACGCCCCCUACCGCGGAAGGGGAUUGCAUCCUUGCAGGGUGACGAGCCACAGCCACGGGCAUCGACUUGUGGGCUGCAGCAUUGGUUGCGCACCCACAGCCAUGCACAACGCCCACCCCCACCCCCACAACGACCCUCCGCUCAAAAGACACGAGCAUCAGAAUCAUCCCAACAUGUUUCCAUCUCCAUCUCCCUAUCCGCAGAGCCAGCUCGCGAUUCACUAUCGCAGCACAACGGGAUCUUCCACCAGCAGCAGCACCAGCAGCAGCAGCAAUACAACCCCCUCCCCACCCCGCCUACCCCACCAUCAACAUCACCACCAGCGACAUAACAAUUACCACAACCAGAUACACAAUAACUCAACCCCAGCCCCAACUCAGACCCACGACCAUCCUCCCAGAAACCAAAUCAACCCCCUCUUCACCCUCACCAUCAAUCCCCCCCUCAUCACCCCGGAUAGCUCCUACUUCGCUCGCGUCUCGGACUACCGGGUGCGCAGCCGGAAGCGGCCGUGGGAGGGGGACCGGAGCUGGGAUCGGAGCUUUUUGUGUCGGGCUUAUAAGCGGCGGCGGGGUGGGGGUGGGGGUGGUCCUGGGAGUUUAGGUGUUGGGUUGGGUGGGGAUGGGAGGAGAGUGCGUGGUGGAGGGGCCGUGGUGUUGGAAAGGGGGAUGGUUUGGGAGAUUGGGGGUGGUGGUUCUGGUGGUGGGAUGGGGGAGGGGGAGGGGGAUUGGGAGAGAGAUGAUGGGCUUGGGGAGGCUAAUGGGGAUGGAAAUGCGGGGAGGUGGCGGUACUGGGUUCCUGUUUAG